CCCUCGGCUGCGGUGCGAUCAAAUCCCCGACCUCCGCCCGAGUCAUCCGAGGAGCCGCGCGGUGCGGCCGGGAAGCCCCCGCAGGGCCUCUCCCCGCUUCUGAAACGCGGGGGGCGGCGGGCGGCGGGGAAGCCCUGGGCGGUGCUUUCGGGGGUUCUCAGCAGCACCGAAGCCGGGAGGAGCGGGUGGCUUCCAGGCCGGGGCCGGCCCGGGCACUGCCUGAGUCAGGCCCUUUCCCAGCUGGCGGGGCUCCCCCUUCUCGCUGCCGGUCAUUCCGCUGCUCUGUCGUCGCUUCGGGCUCGGCUCCCGCGGCCCGAGGAGCGGGGGAAGGAGCGCUCUGGGGAAUGCUGCUGGGAAUCGAUUUCAACGCGUCCUGCCCCCAGCACUACUCCUGUCAGGGUCACAUUUUGUACAGGAAAUGGAGAAGGGGAUUUUCUUCACCGGAUUACACAAACCGGUGAAGAACUUUAGCAAUGAGGAGUUUUUUACACUUGCACUUCCCAGACAAGCGCGGCUGUGCCAGGAAAAGGAACGUUGCAACACAAGAACUGAAGCAGUGCCAGCGAGGGCACGCGGUGGUGCUUGUCCUGGAGGAACAGCGUAGUGCAAAUUCCCGGUGCUGUCGCGUGCACGGGGACACAGCUCGUGGCCUCGACCUCAGCAGAGCCAUCCCACUUGACACCAGGCUCUGGAUCGGCGGGCGGAAUUCUUCGUUCACAUGGCAGCAGCAAACUCUACUCCACCAGGCUCUUUGGAUCUAAACCAGCCUGGAUUUUCAAAGGCGAUACUGGGAACUAAACUGGAGGUGAAAUACCUCUGUUCGGAUUGCAAGAACAUUCUGAGGAGGCCGUUUCAAGCUCAGUGUGGACAUCGCUACUGUUCUUAUUGUCUGAAGAAAAUCAUAAGUUCUGGACCUCAAAAGUGUGCAAGCUGUAUUGAGGAAGGGAUAUAUGAAGAAGGAAUUUCUAUUUUGGAAACCAGCUCAGCUUUCCCAGACAACGCAGCUCGUCGGGAGGUGGAAAGUCUGCCUGCUGUCUGUAUUAACGAUGGUUGCACGUGGAAGGGGACUAUUAAGGAGUACGAGAGCUGCCAUGAGGGGAACUGCCCGUUCCUGCUGAUUGAGUGCCAGGCAUGUAAGGGACUGAUCACACUGAAUGACAAGGAGCGCCACUCUGAGCGGGAGUGCCCCGAGAGAAACCUCAACUGCAAAUACUGCAAAUUGCUUUUCUACUUUCCUGAUAUUAAGGCUCACGAUGAAGUCUGCCCUAAGUUUCCAUUGACUUGUGAAGGCUGUGGGAAGAAAAAGAUUCCAAGAGAGAAGUUUCAGGACCAUGUGAAGACUUGUGGCAAAUGUAAAGUGCCUUGUAGAUUUAAGGUUGUUGGAUGUGCUGAGAUGGUGGAAAAUGAAAGGCUACCAGAACAUGAAACCAAGUGUCUGGCGGAGCAUCUGUACAUGCUACUGAGUUUUGUGCUUAGCCUCAAGAGUGGCUCUGGAGACCUGAAGCAUCUUCCUGCCCUUUCCUCAUCACAAAGUAACUCCCCACUACUGGCAGCAAACUCUUUGUGCUCAGAGUCAGAGCUCUCCAAAUCCAUGGAGCUCUCCAAGUCCCUGGAGCUCUUGGGAAGAUGUGAGGCCCUUGAGAGGAAAACAAUGACCUUUGAGAACAUUGUCUGCGUGCUCAACCGGGAGGUGGAAAGAGUGUCUCUAACAGCUGAAGCCUAUAGUCGGCAACAUCGACUAGACCAGGAAAAAAUUGAAUCUCUGAGUAACAAGGUUCGGCAGCUGGAAAGGAGCAUUGGGCUCAAAGAUCUGGCCAUGGCUGAGAUGGAGGAAAAGAUCCGCAACAUGGAAGCUUCCACCUACGAUGGUGUUUUCAUCUGGAAGAUAACAGACUUUGCCAGGAAGCGCCAGGAGGCGAUAACAGGCCGCUCUCCUGCGAUCUUCUCUCCAGCUUUCUACACAAGCAAGUAUGGCUACAAGAUGUGUCUGCGCGUUUACCUGAACGGGGAUGGCACCGGGCGUGGGACCCAUCUGUCCCUGUUCUUUGUGGUGAUGAAAGGACCCAAUGAUGCUCUUCUUCGCUGGCCUUUCAACCAGAAGGUAACUCUGAUGCUCUUGGAUCAGAACAACCGGGAGCACAUCAUCGAUGCUUUCCGCCCUGACGUGACAUCCUCCUCCUUCCAGCGACCCAUCACGGAAAUGAACAUUGCCAGCGGGUGCCCGCUGUUCUGCCCCGUCUCCAUGAUGGAAGCGAAGAACUCCUAUGUCCGUGAUGACGCCAUCUUUAUUAAAGCCAUCGUUGACCUCACAGGCCUCUAGCCCUCCUCGCCUCCAGGAGCAGUGAACACAGAGCCAGCCCCAUGGGGCACCCCCCUCUCGUGCUGCCCUGCAGGCAGGUCUUGGAGUGAGGAGGGGGCAGAAAGCAGAGGGGGAGAAGCCUAUACCUAGCCCCUUCCCAAAAAGGGACCUUCUCUGCGCUGAGCGGCAGCAAGGUGUCUGAUGGGAACCCUCUUCCCUGGUGUCAGAGAGACUUUUCCAGAGACGAGGUUAGGGUGGACAUUGACAGUUUGCAUGGUACAGGGGUCACCUGCAGGGACUUGGAUAUCUGAACUGCCGGUUCACCACGCUGGUUUCCCAGCGGGAGCAAGUGCAGCUCGCUCUGCCAGGUCAGCGCGUGGCCUCAGCUCUCUGUAGCGAAACAAGGAUUUGGCCUGCCUGAGCACCACCUCAUCCAUCUGGGAUUUUCUUCAGAGAGCUCUGUGGUCCUGAAGGUAGUGCUGGCUGAAGGAAUACCGCUGCCCCAUGCUGGGGCUGGUUUGCGCCUCGCUGUCAGGAAGGCUGCAGCACUUGUCUG